AUGGAAGAAUUCUCGGAUGUUGUACUUGUUGUCAACGAAGAUAAAUUCUACGUUUUGAAAAAGUUCCUCGCCGUCCAUUCAUCAUAUUUCAAGGCCUUGUUUUUGGGAAAUUUCAACGAUUCGAAGAAAUCUGAAAUCACAUUGACAGGAAUCGAUGCGGAUGAUUUUCAAAACUAUCUGGAAUUGCUUUACGGAGACGAUUCAAUUGAUGAAUUCACAGUCGAAGGGCUUCUUCUCGUCGGUGACAUGUACGAUACUCCAUCAGUCAUUCGAAAAUGCGAGCAGUUUCUACUCAAGGAAUCGAAGAAAACAUUGAAGAAAAAAUUGCAAAUGUCCAUGAAAUACCAUCUGGAAGCAUUGAAUAAACAAUGCCGCAAGGAGAUCAAAUCGGUUGCUGACAUCAAAUCAGUUCUCCCAGGAGAUAUUCGUGAUUUGGAUCCAUCAAUUACCACGGAGUUUUUGGAAAUUGCCCUCUCUAUUCAAUAA